GAGAGUGGGGCACGUUGAACAUAGGGGCACAUUAAACCAUUGGAUUUUUCAGGAAUAGUUUGUCUCCCAAUCAGCAGAUGUCUCUUGUGUACAACGCUCUUCAGAAGCUCCACUCAAGCACCAGUUGAGUGGCAGCCUUCAUUGAGGGAGGACGUGCUGGUUGGGUUUUUUUUUAAUAUUUGACCUACUUUGUUCAUCUGUUGAGGAAAUGGUGCGAAAGUAUCUUGCAAAAACUGAUCGAGGAAGAGCCGAUGGGAACUUAAUGGAGAGAGCUGUUGACGAAGUUGUCAAAGGAAAGUCCAUCAGGGAAGUUAGUCGUUUGCUGGAUGUAAACCGGAUUACAUUGUCAAGAUAUGUUAAGAAAUUCCAAGCAGGGCAAGCUGAAAAAACAAAAGACUAUGCUCCUAACUACAAUACCAGACAGGUAUUUACUGAAGAAGAAGAAGACGGACUUUCUGAAUAUAUCGUAACUUGCUCCCAGUUGUUUCAUGGCCUUGGCUUGACAGCAGUAAGACGACUUGCAUUUGAAUAUGCAAUGAAGAAAGAUAAAACUUGCCCAGAUUCUUGGAAACAUAACUGUAUGGCAGGAAAGGACUGGAUGGCUGGAUUUAUGAAACGUCAUUGCAAGAUCUCCCUUCGUUUACCAGAGUCAACCAGUGUGGCAAGAGUGCAAGGUUUCAACAAGAAAUCUGUGGGGGAGUUCUUUGAUAUAUGGACCAAAACUCAGGCUGAGAAGAUUUUUGGACCAGAAUCCGUGUACAACCUUGAUGAAACAGGGAUCACUACUGUGCAGAAUGUUCCAAAAAUUUUGGCUACUCGAGGACAAAAGCAAGUUGGACAAAUUGCAGCAGCAGAGAGAGGGACACUCAUUACUGUAUGCUGCUGUGUUAAUGCAAUAGGAAGAAGCCUACCUCCUGUUAUGAUAUUCCCCAGAGUGCACUUCAAGGAUUACAUGACCAAAGGAUCUCCUACAGGAACUUUAGGACUGGCAACUAAGAGUGGGUGGAUGAACAGUGAUCUAUUUCCUCUUGUAUUACAGCAUUUUAUCAAACAUAUAGGCUGCUCAACUGAGAAUCCUGCCGUUCUUUUCAUGGAUAAUCAUGAAAGUCACUUGAGCCUUGAAGUUAUAGAAAUGGCACGGAAGCAUGGGCUAACCAUCAUAACUUUGCCCCCUCACACUUCACACAAGUUACAGCCAUUGGAUGUAUCCGUCUAUGGUCCAUUAAAAGCACAUUACAAGCAAGCUGUUAAUGACUGGAACCUAAGUAACCCUGGAAAACGGAUAACAAUCUAUGACUUACCAGAGUGCUUUACGAAGGCUUAUUAUCGAGCUCUUUCAGUGGAGAACAUUAUGGCUGGAUUUAAGAAAACUGGUAUAUGGCCCGUAGACACACAGAUCUUUUCUGAUGAUGAUUUCCUCGCUGCAUCUGUGUUCAUGAAUAGGUCUAACAGAGAUAAUGAUGUCAACAAUGAUGGAGAUGUGGGUAAUCCUCAAGGUUACAAUCCUCCUUCAACUUCAAAAGCUUCUACAACGAGCACUAACAGAGACCACUGUCAAGAAGAGGGGCUAGAACAUCAGAUAAGUUUUGAAGAGUUGACUAAUUUGAGACCAUUACCAAAGCGAAAAACAUCCAAUCAAUCUUCAAGCCAAGCUUCCAAAAAGAAAAUUGCAGGGGCCAAAAUAAUUACUAGCACCCCAGAGAAACAUGUUGCAUUGAUGAAAAUGGAAGAGAAGUUACAAAAGUUACGAAAAGCACAGAAAAAAAUAGUUGUUGAGGAUGAAAGUUCAGAUGAUGAAGUGGAAAACAUAUCAAUGCAUGGGGAAUCAAGUGAAUAUGAAGAGGAUUUUGCUGAUGAUCAGACAGAUGAUCAGUCAAGAAAAGACCCAGAGGAUGAAGACUAUGUUCUUAUCAAAUUGAAGCUUGAAAAUUCAGAGAAUAAAUGGGCAUCUCACAAGCAAAUAACAUUGCCGUGA